AGUCACCAAAUCGAUAAUAAACUGCCCCACAGAGGCCUCCAUAAGUCCACAGUAUUCUUUGGCCCCUAAAAAUCAUCAUCAAUAAAAACCAGAAAACCAAGAAGGGUCUAAAGCUCAGAGGUUUAAGAAGCAGCAACAAUGGGGGUGGACUACUACAAGAUACUGGAGGUCGAUAAGAACGCAAAGGAUGAGGAUUUGGAAAAGGCUUAUCGGAAGCUCGCCAUGAAAUGGCAUCCUGACAAGAACCCCAAUAACAAGAAACAAGCCGAAGCCAAAUUCAAAGAAGUUUCUGAAGCCUACGAGGUUCUGAGUGAUCCCCAGAAAAGAGCCGUGUACGAUCAGUAUGGUGAAGAGGGGCUAAAGGGUCAAGUGCCACCACCUGACUCUGGAGGAGCUUCCUACUUCUCAACUGGAAAUGGGCCAACAGGGUUUCAUUUUAAUCCUAGAAAUGCAGAUGAUAUAUUUGCCGAGUUUUUUGGCAUGGGAGGGUCAGGGUUUACGAGUAGCUUGUUUGGUGAUGAUGCAUUUGCUUUUAGAGAAGGUGUAGGUGGUUCAAUGAAACGCGGUGGUCCUCGCAAAGCUUCCCCAGUUGAGAAUAGGUUGCCUUGCAGGCUUGAAGAGCUUUAUAAAGGAACUAGCAAGAAGAUGAAGAUAUCCCGAGAUAUUGCUGACACCAGUGGGAAGAGCAUGAAGGUGGAGGAAAUUCUGACCAUUGACAUAAAGCCUGGCUGGAAGAAGGGUACUAAAGUUACCUUCCCAGAGAAAGGAAACGAACAGCCAAAUGUUAUUCCUGCAGAUCUUGUUUUCAUUAUUGACGAGAAGCCACACAGCGUGUUCACUCGUGAUGGAAAUGACUUGAUAGUGACACAAAAUGUAUCUUUGGUCGAGGCUCUUACUGGCUACACUGUCAAUCUCACCACCUUGGACGGUCGGAGAUUGACCAUCCCCGUCGAUAAUGUAAUUCAUCCAAGCUAUGAGGAGGUUGUUCAAGGGGAAGGAAUGCCAAUCCAGAAAGAACCCACAAAAAGAGGUAACCUAAGAAUCAAAUUCCACAUUCACUUCCCAACAAGGGUGACAGCUGAGCAGAAGACUGGAAUGAAGAAGUUGUUAGGAUACUGAAGUUAAUAUUUGUGUUGAGAAGCUGGGAUGAAGAAGCUGUCAGGAUACUGGAAUUAAUACGAA